AUGGAUUCAGCUGCGAUGUUUGACUCAUUUUUGUUUGACAAUCCCGGCCUCAUGCCCAACUCUGGCAAUUUCGUUGAUCUGAACGAUAUCGACUUCAUCGGUUACUUGUCUGUGGGACAUGGGCCGACGCUGUACCCUUUAUAUUGUCGACCAAUGCUACAUAUUGCAUUGACAGUACACAUCUCACUCUACGCUUACGUUCUUACAUCAAUCGUCCAUCGUUCAGUCUUCGAGACACAACAGAUGGCGGAAGUUCCUGUAUAUGUCAAUUCUUUUUACGCUGUGAAUGCUCAAAUAAAUUUUCCUGCGAAGUCCACGAGGGCAGGUCCCGAUAACCGGUUCUAUGUUGUAUAUGAUGGCGUUAGUUCUAAUGUUUCUAGCACUGUCAUUCAUCUCGCCCGCCAUCCCACAGGUUAUUACCCUUGGUCCCACGUUGACCUCACAGCCUUUCAGGCUAUAUCAGAUGCACCCAACAGUGGCAGUCUCCUGGUCAUUCCUGGUCCCGCCCUCGCGAUGCCAGGCCACGUAACUGCACCCGACGGUGCAAAUGGUGACGAACAUUCGAUACCCGGAGACCCAGCCAGUGCCCAUGCAUCCCCAACAGCGACGUCAAACUCGCCGACCAUCUUUUCCUGGAUUUCGUGCUCGGGCCAAAUGGUGCACAGCGCCCCUGCCAGUACCCAUCAAUCACAGGCAGAUGGCGGAUCAACUCGGACUUCCUCGCGACAAAAGGCGAAAAAAGCUGCUAAAGCCGAAGGAGGCCUCAAGAACGUUAUAGGGAGAUUGCCAAAGUGGAGAAAGGCCUUUGCCUACCUUCGGAUCCAGCUACGAGUAUCGGUUUGCACAGGCGAAACCGGAAACCCCCACCUGUUCAAUUUUGAAAGCCGGGCAGCAGCUAUUCAGCUAGCUUGGCCUCGUGCUCUCCAUCGGGCUAACAUCGACUCCGGUGAUUUGGAAAUGGUGAUGUCGUUUAAAACUGGCACUUACAUGACUCUUGAAAGUAUAUUGGAAUUGGCCAACCCAUCGCUUUCAGAGUUUGUCUAUGAUAUCAAGCGCCUGGCGUCUUACUCGAUCGGCGACUCUCACGGAGGCUUUGGUUUUGAUGACUUGGGUGCGGGUGUCUUAUUGAUUGACACGGUCCAAAGACUGCUCCAGCUGUUCAUCAGACCAAAGUCAAAUAUCCUGCCAAUUAGUAUCUCCAAAGAGAUCAUGUGGCACAUCGUUUUCCGUCCAACUACAUCACACUCUGUUCGACUGGUGUUGGCCGAUCUAGAGCCAGCAACGUUCAGGAGUGUAGAGCAUCCACCCUUUCCGACUAUGUCUCUGCUGGGGUCCAAUUGUUACGCUGCUCUGUUGGAGAAAUAUUCGACUUUGACCAACAUACCCGUCGACCUGCUAAUUCAGUAUCCAACCCCGGCUGAGGUAUAUGAUCAGCUCUGCGAGACGGCUGUAAUACUUGUCAACGAGCACGACGACGAAGAUCACCCGGGACUCAUGUCUAGCUUGGCUAAAUUGUGCAACAUUUCGUAA